AUGCAUCCGUAUCUUAUUGAAGGACUCACUGUUUUAUUUCCUUUCGAAGCUUAUCAAUGUCAACUUGAUUAUAUGAAAGCUGUUGUUGAAUGUUUAGUUAAAGGUCAAAAUGGUAUUCUUGAAAGUCCAACAGGUACGGGUAAAACUCUUUCUCUUCUUUGUGCUUCACUUGCUUGGCUUGAACAAUAUAAAAUACAUAAUUCGGAUUCAAAUGAAGCACCAGUUCAAAUUAUAUAUGCUUCACGUACUCAUUCGCAAUUAGCACAAGUUGUUAAAGAAUUUAAAUCAACUGGAUACAAUCGUAUGAAAAUAACUGUUUUAGGGUCUCGUGAUCAACUUUGUAUUCAUCCAGAAGUAAAAUCUCUUGAAAAUAGUUCGGAUAAAAUAUCAGUUUGUCGAGAAAAAGUUCGUCGAAAAACAUGCGCAUUUUAUCGUAAUUUCGAAAUUGCUAAACCUGAUAUUGUCAAAUUACCAGCAUUGGAUAUUGAAGAUUUAGUAAAAGAAGGAAUACAGAGAAAAUUUUGCCCUUAUUUUGCUGCAAGAGAUCUUAAAGAAAAAGCUGAUAUUAUAUUUAUGCCAUAUAAUUAUCUACUUGAUGCUAAAGCUCGGCGUAUUCAUAAAAUAAAUGUACGUAAAUGUAUAAUUAUAUUCGAUGAAGCUCAUAAUAUUGAACAACAAUGUGAAGAUGCAGCGUCAGUUAUGAUUAGUUCACUUGAUCUUGCUGGUUGUCUUGAUGAUAUAACUAAAGUUAUGCAAUGGAUGAUGGAUUCACAAUCAUCAACAUCUUCUUUGAACGAACUAGAUGAUGGUAAUGAAGAUAUCAAUACUGAUACAAAUAAGUUAACUAUUACAAAUGAUCAGAUUUGUAAUUUAAAAUUAAAAAUUGCGAAAUUAGAAGAAUUAUUAGAUAAUAUGAAAACAACUAAAGGAAAUAUUCCAUCACCUGGCGAUACUGCUUUUAAAUGGUUAAAAAGUGCUGACAUCGAUUUCAAUCCACAAGGAGAUAUUCAACAUCUUCUAGAUAUUAAUCAAUUUAUGGCAGCUAGAUCUAGUACAAUUUUUCGUUCAAAUGGACAUUCUCUUCUUAAACUAUCGGAAUUUAUCGAAACUGUUCAUCCACUAGAUGAAAAUGGUCAACCAAUUUUUACACUUGAAAUGGAUAGUCAGCGAAAAGCUGUUUUUAAAGUAUAUUUAGAAGAAGAAACUGGUAAUAAUAAUGAACAAAGACCUUCAAUUAUUGUUUCUAAACGACCUAAAAAACUUCAUUAUUGGUGUUUAUCACCUGGUUUUGCUAUGCGACAAUUAUGUAUGCAAAAUACUCGUUCUAUUCUUUUAACUAGUGGUACACUUUCACCAAUUGAUUCAUUUAAAACACAAUUAUCAAUUCCAUUUGAUAUUGUUAUACAAAAUGAUCAUAUUAUAGGAGAAAAUCAAUUAUUUGCUGCUGUUUUACCUCGAGCAGCUGGAAAUAAACAUGUUCUUACGUCUGUUUAUAGAACGCGACAAAAUCCUGAAUAUCAAGAAGCAUUAGGUCAAACAUUACAUAAUGUAAUAAAAAAUAUUCCUGGUGGUGUUCUCGUCUUUUUUCCUUGUUAUAAAAUGAUUGAAGAAGUUGUUACAACAUGGAAGAAUAAUGCAACAUUUGAAACAAUGAAUCAACGUAAACGCGUACUUAUUGAACAAAGAAAUAAAACAAAAUUUGAAAGCCAAAUGAAAGAAUUUAAUACAAUUAUUGAAACAGAUGAACGUGGUGCAAUGUUAUUUGCUGUUGCUCGUGGUAAAUUAAGUGAAGGUAUUGAUUUUAGUGAUAAAUCAUGUCGAGCAGUAAUUAUUAUUGGAAUACCAUAUGCACCACAUCAAGAUCGACGAGUUAUUGCUAAACGACAUUAUCUUGAUGAAAUUAAUCGUGGAAAUAAAGACUCAAAGGCAGGUGAUGUAUGGUACAAUCAACAAGCAUUUCGAGCUAUUAAUCAAUGUGUUGGUCGUGUUAUUCGACAUAGACAAGAUUAUGGUGCUGUAAUUUUUUUUGAUCAACGAUUUGGAGAAAAUACAGAUAAACUAUCAAAAUGGAUUCGUCCAUAUGUACAUUCAGUAGAUUUUACUGGAAUGAUGAAAGGAUUGAAAGAUUUUUUUGCUCAAUAUUCAUCAACUUCAAUUGCUCAACAAAAACCUCGUCCUAUUCAACAAGCAUCUUUCGAAUCGGUUACAUAUUCAACAACUAUGACGGCAUCUGUUACAACGAAUUCUACUAAUCAUACAAUAUCAUCUGCAGAUAUUCUUCAGAAAACAUUAAAACAAUCAACUGAAUUUUCUAUCAAAACAACUCAAAAUGAAUCAAAUACUAUUCAUAAAUCUUUAUUUGAUGCAAUAUCAUCAACACAACGAGCUACUAAUAUGACAUCAACACAAAAUCUUGAAUCUGAUGACAAACAACGUGAUUUUGAUACGAUGCUCGAAUUAAAAAGACGUGAAGCCACACGUCCAGAUUCUGUAUCUAAAAAAUUUCUUUCAGCUAUGGGAACGUUUGAAGAUACAUCAUCAAAUAAUCCUCCAUCACCUUCAAUAACUACAAAAACUUCUGAAUAUAGAGAAUUGUUAUGUCAAUUAAAAACAGCUAUGCCACAUGGAAUCUAUCCACGUUUUACACAUAUGUUACAAGAUCAUAAAACUCAUAAAACCGAUCGAACUAUUUUUCUUAAAUUACAAUCAUUACUUGUUGAAAGUCUAGCAAAAAAUCAUCACAAACUUUUUAUGGAUAUGGCUCGACAUAUCAGUGCACAAUUUCGAGAAGAAUAUAUUCAAGCAGGACAAAACUAUUGUUCAUCAAAUGAAACACAGGAAAUAACUGAAAAUUUAAUUAAUAAUAAAAGAAAAGAUAUAUCAUCAGGUGAUUUAGAAACACCAUCAGCUAAAGUAAUUAAAACCAAUCAUAGCAAUAAUCCAUUUCGAUGCAAAUGA